GCCCGGCGCCCCAUCGAUUGGCGGGGCGCGCGUGCGCCGUGGCGGAACCCUGGGCGCUUGCCCUCGGUCCCCGAAAAUGUCAGAGUCCGGAACCGGAGUCCCCAUGGCCGCCAGCUCGGUCGCCCCAGCCUGGACGCCGCCGACCUCCGUCCGGUCCUAAGGGCACCUCCGACGGUCCGCCACUCCGUCCGAGACCCCCCGCCAGAGGGACGACCUGGGAAUGAACCGCGAGUCGUCCUUGUCUGCCGAGCGAAGCUUCGUCCGACCCUCGGAGUGCCGCUGACCGUGUCCGACGGACGAUGUAGGCGCGCUCGUGCCUUGCUUUCGUGGCUGUCUAGGCCGGAGCCUGCUUCACGGGCACGUCGGUUGAGUCCUCCCCAUGACGGAUCCCUACCCGAUCUACGACGACGAGGAGCUGGUGUCGUCAGCGCCGGACAGCCGCAACUGGCGUGGCAUCGGCAUUGCGCUGCUGGUCAUCGCGGGGGUCUGUGCCCUCAUCGUCACCGCCGUCAUCUUGCUCACGCCCGACAAGGGACCCCGCGUGAAGCAGGCCCGGAUAACGCAGCAGGACGUGCUCUUCGGCGCCUUCAACCCGAGGAAGUUCAACGGGUCCUGGGUCUCGGGUUCCGAGUUCGUGUACAGGGACUCGGAUGGCGCCCUGGUGCUUUACAACGCCCAGAACAGGGAGAAGAGGACGCUGCUGCACAACACCACCUUCCGACAGUAUGACGUAAGGAAGUACUACAUGUCGCCCGAUCUCAACUUUUUGCUGCUCGUCCACGAUGUUGUGCCAGUGUUUCGACAUUCGUCCACCGCAAAGUACAAGAUCUAUGAUUUCUCGAACAAAGAAGUGUUUCCGCUGAAGCACAGCUCGAACCAAGAAGAACUACAGUACGCCGGCUGGGGCAGGACGGGAAGCCACCUGGUGUACGUGUUCAACAACGACCUGUACCUGAUCCCGAGCGUGGGCGAGUCGUCGCCCGUCCGGCUCACGGACAGCGGCGUGCCCGGCGUGGUUUUCAACGGCAUCGCCGACUGGCUCUACGAGGAAGAGGUGCUGGCCUCCUCGUCGGCGCUCUGGUGGUCUCCGCGGGGCCGCAGCCUCUGCUACGCCACCUUCAACGACAGCGGCGUCAAGACCAUCUCGCUGCCGGUGUACCGGGGCCAGUACCCCGAGACCCACGAGCUGCGCUACCCCAAGGCCGGCUCGCCCAACCCGCUCGUUGAGCUCCGGGUCGUGAGCCUGGCCUCGGCCGACGGCGCGGGGGCCCCCGUCUCCAAGCUGGUGCAGCCGCCGCAGGAGUUGCUGGACAAAACGAAAGAGUACUACGUGACGCUGGUGUCGUUCCUGGACGAAGAGUCGCUGCUGGUGAACUGGCUGUCUCGGACGCAGAACUGGACGCUGUUGUCGGUGUGCCGGGAGGCCGCCUCUGCCUGGGCCUGUGCCAAGCAGGCCCAGGAGGCGGUCUCGGGCGGCUGGAUCGAGCUCAGCGAGCCUCCCGUCGUCGCAGACGCGCCCCAGGGCGCCUUCUUCCUACGGCUGCCCGUGCAGGACGCCCAGCGGGGAAGCUUCCGACACGUGGCAGAGUUCAGGGACCGCCGCAAGACCUUCCUCACCCACGGGCCGUACGACACGCUCGGCCUGCUCGCUUACCACGCCCGCUCUAAGCACGUGAUGUUCCGGAGCACGAGGGAGGGCCGACCCGGGGAGUCGCACGUGUACCGGGUGCCCCUGGACGAGCCCGGGGUGCAGCCGGAGUGCCUGACGUGCGAGCUGGGUGACCAGUGCCUCUACAACAAUGCCGUGUUCUCGCCGGGCGGCGCCGACUACUACGUGCUCGAGUGCCUGGGCCCUGGGGUACCCUGGGUCGCCCUCUACUCUACCGCGGACCACAAGCAGGUGGACAUGUUGGAAACCAACGAAGAGCUGAGAGAGCUGCUAGAACAGCGGGCCCUUCCCCAAGUACGCAACUUCUACGCUCCAUUGGCCGACGGAUACAACGCGACGGUGCGGCUGCUGCUGCCGCCCGGGCUGCGCGACGAAGAGGUGCUCAAGUACCCGUUCCUGCUGGACGUGUACGGGGGUCCCGGGUCCCAGCAGGUGACGGAGAAAUUCCGCAUCAACUGGGGCCACUUCCUGGCAAGCCGCAAGGGCGUCGUGUACGGCAUGGUGGAUGGCCGGGGCUCGGGCUUCCAGGGGGACCGCCGCCUGCACCAGGUCUACCGCAGGCUGGGCACCGUCGAGGUCGAGGACCAGCUGCGCGUCACCAGGUACCUGAAGAACGAGCUGCCGUUCAUCAGCGCCGAGCACACCGCCAUCUGGGGCUGGUCGUACGGUGGCUACGUGGCGGCCAUGGCCCUGGCCAACGGCGGCUCGGGGGCCCCCGGCAACGGCACCCCGCACGGCGGCGAGGACUCGCUGCUGCCGGUCUUCCAGUGCGGCAUCUCGGUGGCGCCUGUCACCAGCUGGCUGUUCUACGACUCGGCCUACACGGAGCGCUACAUGGGGCUGCCCAGCGACAACCUGGCCGGCUACGAGCGCGCCGACCUCAUCCGCGUCGCCGCAAACCUCAAGGGCAAGAAGUUCUUCCUCGUGCACGGGACGGCCGACGACAAUGUCCACUUUCAACACUCCAUGAUGCUUGCAAAGGAGCUGACCAAUAAUGGAAUAAUGUAUCGAACGCAGGUUUACCCGGACCAGAAACACUCGCUGGGUCAGGUGACCCUCCACCUAUACCAAGCAAUGGAAGAGUUCCUUGAUGAGUGCUUCGAGGGCUCUGAUCACGCUGUCGAGGAAGUCGGGCUCAUGCAGGUCAAGGCGUCCCGAUAACCACGCCCCCCCACCAACCAACCAACCAAUGGAGGCCUUCCCCCAAAGUGCAGCAGCAACAGACAGUCAAGGCGUCUUUUGGCCUGGCUGCCGGCGGGUCGAGCUGCCCUCCUGGCAAGAUGAACGGAACUAUGAGUGUCACGUCGAGGAAGUCGUCCAGCGCCGUGCAGUGUCGUCAUGCGCAGAGGAGUGGGCCAGCAGUGUCACCCGUAGUGGAAGCGUCGUGCUGUGAUCCACCGCUGCCGACUAGCAACCUUGUGCCUGUGUCAAGCUUGGCCCGACAACUCAACGUGUUUGGUAGCAGCGUGAAAUUGUCAUAACGAGGUCGCUUGAACGCAGAACAUGUCUUGCCAGUUAGGAGAAAGAUUCAGUGGGAUCCAGACGCGUAUUUCAGUUUGUAAUGUUGGGUUUAGUACUAGUUUGAAUAAGCGGAGUAACUAUUUAGGCCAACGGCAGAGCACAGAGCAACAAGAAAAUCUACGUUUGGUUUGGUAUACAAGGUGUGUGCCCAUAACACUAAUACAGCGGAGUCUUAAGACUCUUGACGCAGUGCGUAGGUGACCGCAAUGAACAUUCUGGGGUACGUCUGGUGUAGCGUUCACUGUAUAGAUGAUAUGGCAAAUAGGUCAGCACCGCCACCUGAAGUCAUCUGACGGAACAAUGAGCAGCAGUUAGUUUCUCAUUUCCACUUCGUGCCAACGGAACCCAAGGUCGGCCAAAGUUUCUUUGAAUGACACCUUUGGCUCGACGCCUUUGAGGCCCCGGCACUGCGCUGCAGCUGAGACGGCCUUCUCUCGCACACCCAGCCAUAUCCAAGACGAUCGCCUCCAUGUUAACGUUGACAAUACAUUCAAAUGACUUCCCUUCACAUACUGUAUACUUCCAGUACGUCAUAUACAUUAACAAGUCGAAGCAAACAAAAACAAAAACAUCAUUCCUUUUCAUGUAGUUCCAUCUAGAAGUUUUGGGAGAAGACAUACGCCAACAUGUGCGGUGUACAUAUAGAGUAGGAGUGAUAAAUAGGUCCCUAGUCACUCAGUCCACUGCGGACUGGUUUAAAUAUUUUUGCUAGGGAAUCCCGCCCGAACGGUAGCGCCAUUUUAAGCAUUGCAAGGGUGACGCGCCAUUCUUUUCACUUCUUAUAGUGCACAAAUUUAUCUCUGGCAUCCAUCGAGUCAAGUCGGACGUGACACAAAAAUUAGAUGAAAGGCACUCACUCAAAUUGUGUUAGACGGCGAAUUGCGAAAUUCCUUCUCGUUUACGGGAAUUUUUCGAUCAGGCUACUGCCCGACUGCUGGUUGCUGGUGGCGCGAGUGAUAGAAAAACAAAAAACUAAGUGACCACUGUUCGAAGUGUAGUGCGAGUAAAUCUUCUUCAGGAUAAAAAAAACAGAAACGAGCUAAACGCUAUUAAACUCGAUUUACGUUUUCGCCCUGUGGCGCUCUCAGAAGACAAAAAUCGAACACGGAUUAUUUAUUAAAAUUUUUGUGUAUCCGGCGUUUAAUGCACAACGCAUUCCUCAUAACUUAAAUUGUGUGACGAACUUAUCACGAUAUAUUUACGACUGUGGACAACUAUUCUGACGUUGCUACCAUCCUAACCUUGAGUACCCAUUGCAGAAGCUCGGAAUCGCAUGACUAAUUUCUCACAGAGAAAAGAUGCACUCAAUGCUUAACAACAAUUCACUGGUAAUCCCCAGAGUUUGAACGUUACUUUUUUUAAUUAAGUUAUAAUAUAAUAUUCAAACUAUGAAACCUUCAUUUGGUCAUAAAAUAUACUCAAUUGGAAGCUCUAAAAACAACUGCAGGAGAGUAGUAGUGAGUACUGCCUUCGAACACGGUAUUCUAUACAGAAAAUUGCGUUACGCCUUAAGCUUCAUUCACAUGAUGCGGUUUUACUUACGAUUUUGCAAUUGCAACAUUGGUCAUGCGGCAAAAAAAAAAAAAAAAAAAACGGGGGGAAGUUGUGGCGCUUAACUUCGCAGCUGUGAAUUUACAAGCAAAAUCACACCAUGUGAUUCGGGCUUGAGCAUGCCUGCGCGGCGGCGUAAAUGGUGCUACACAGCAAGAGUUUUUAAUAGCUCUAGCUUUAAAAAAAACACAAUGAUAUAAGACGUGAUCUAAAAGGUUACUUUUCAUAGUUAUCCGACAGUAUGCAUGUUUAGAGCAAUAAAGUUAGAGAAAAUAUAACAUGAAUAUAAAUAUUUGCACACCAAAAUAAAUUGAACAUGUAUGCUUCAUUUUUUUUAAUGUCAUGUUUAAUCGUUAGACAGGCGUUGAAGCAUUUAUUGGGCUGUGCCUUGGUUAGACACAAAGAAAUUGCUAGAUAGUUUUUAAAAGCGUAAUCAAUGGAGAUUAUACAAAAGGCGAAUGCACAAAAACUGCAACUUAAUGACAUGGCACCAUGUAUUCGUGACACCGCAUACUCAGUAAUUUCAUGAUAAAUCAAAUUCGGCAGCUAAAACCUCUCGUAAUGCGAAGCCUCCGCUAAAUGUUUCGGCAGCAUUUCCACCAGUAGAUAGUAAUAUUUCAUUGGAGAAUUCGCGCAAUGGUUCCGCCACUACGACCCGAUGAACUUUUCAAUCAUCAUUCGGUAUUUGUCGAGCGCACAAUUCACUGAUAUCGAACGGUGUUUCGGUCCCCUCUGCUUGAAGGGAUCCAGAGACGAUCUUGAAUUGCUCCUGACCACUCUUCGGUUCUUAGAUAGCAUCUUCUGAAGUGCGCAUUUAUCAUCCCUCCGAGGGAACGGGUUGUCGCCAAGGGCCAAGGAGACAGCAAUGCGAUAGCCGAGAUUUGUGAUACUCUUGUUCUUCAUUUGUUUCCUGUUUUCUAGUAUGACCGCGUGUACAUAUAUACAUAUAUAUGUAUAUACAUAUAAUCAUAUAUAUAUAUAAAUUCCCCUCUAGUAAGUCGUGUUCCAGUUACCUCGCAGCAGACAUCUAUGCAGUAGUUUCUAAAUACUACCAAUUUUGAGCAAAGGAAACGCAGGAAACGUGCUUAAAGGAACUGGCGGGCCAACUCCCCUCCCCUCUCCAGCCCAACGAGGACAGGCAUAUCCUUGCUAGCAACCUGUCCUUUUUUAUCUCAGUUCCUCCCUGUUUUGUUACCGCAGGAAAAGCAGCUGAACGAAUACACUGAGGGUUGCCUGCGGAGGUAGGCCUUCCGUUGACGCUUUCUUUUAGGACUCCCCGCCCCCGUCGUUCACCGCGGUCCAAGGCUAGCGCGAAACCCCUCGCCCCCGUCCCAAACUUCCGCGAUUCACCCGUCAUCAUCAUCACCAACAAUCCUGCGUGCUCGUGCCGUCACUUCGAUUAAAUACGACCUACUACAAACACCGACGUCAUCUAGUACUUUGUCUAGCGGACGCAGCCUUUUUAAGCAAUUGUUACGUUCUCUUUUUCCACUACAGCUAGGACUACGAGAGUGUGUAUCUAGGGUCCGUCUUGAAGCCUUAGCCCAACCCGAGAGAGUCGAAGCAGGCGAGUGUGUUCUUCUCGCGCGUUGUUUUCGUUCUCUUCCCCCGCGGAGUGGGCCCUCUGGGAGGUCGGAUGGAGAGCUUCCCUCGCGUCGGUCAGUAGAUUGUAGGAUUCGAAGGUGCUCCGUCGGAGACAACCCCGACAACUGCUCAAAAGGCUGAGAGGGCGCUGUGGAACACUCGUUAACAUUACCUCGAUCACUCGCCGAGUACAGCCAUCAAAACGAACCACUCCGAUAUCAUUCUUCCAAGCGAGCCGCGGCUGGCUAGAAUAAAAGAACGAUGGAGACGAAAUCAUCAGUACAAUAUGCUGACUCUUCGGCUUGAAAAGAAAAAAAACACAAAAACAAUAACCUGGUGCUGCCGGCAGGCGCAGAUUUUUGCUGACUAUGGCUGAAACCCACAAUAUAAUUCACGCAGCUGCGGCACCCGAAUAUUUCCGACACCAGCGAGAGAUUGGAAACGAACUCGAUAUCAUAUAAGAAUGAUAAUAGGAAUAAUUCAUGAUGGUCGUCUUCGAUUCCGAGCGCGAGCGCCGAAGAAAUAUUAUAACAGUACUCUAUCUAAUAACGAGAAACCCCAUUCGUGGUAUUUGUUUCCUGGUGUCAAAGGUCACACCAUGUGCACUGCAGCUGAAAUCAUGAUUACUUAGCACGGCUGUCGCCUAUGUCAUAGUACGCGGCACAGAAAAAAAAAAAGAAGUCGAUCAUAAUGCCGCCCUUUUCCGAGGUUCUUUCACAUGGAUCUACAACUUUCUGGAAUCUAUUAAUACGCAGCGUCAUAAGCAAUGCGUUAAUCAAGCCUAAGCUUUACAGUCUUCAAUUAGAUUUAGCGUCUACCAUAUCGCACUUAUUCAGAUUAAGAAAUCUUGACUAGACACAGCGCUAUACCAUAUAUUCUACACAUUUAGGUCGCAGCAGAGCGUCGAGCAGUGUGGUCGCUCUGUAGUGAUAGAAUGCAGUUCUUGAACUUGUUAUAUACACGUUUUUCUUGUUUGCUUUUUCGCUUUUCGGGACGAAUUGCACUUUGCCACGUGAUUACCCUUUGUUGGCAAUAAACAAUGACUGGUUACAGAA